GUUUGAAGCUCUGUUCACUGCUCUGGAAGAAAGACAGACAGAGCUGGGCAUUGCUAGCUUUGGCAUCUCUGUCACUACCAUGGAGGAAGUCUUCCUUAAGGUUGGUCACAAGGAAGUUUCAGAAAGUCAUAUCCAAGCUAAACAGUCUUUCCCCCAGAAAAGCAAAAUCUCCAUCAUGAGCCAGAAUAAGAAUAUAUCAAGUAAUGUUGAGAGAGCACAUUCUUCCACCCUGAAUGAAAUUAUUAUGUUUAAUACUGGGAUAUCCCUCUACUGUCAGCAGUUCCAUUCCAUGUUCAUGAAAAAGUUGAUAUUCAGUUGGCGCAACUGGAAGAUAACGUUGAUACAGAUUCUGGGACUUGUAGUUUCCACAUUUGUUUUCUUUCAGUCCAAUUACCUUGUACAUCAUGAUGAAAUGGCCAGGCAAAUGGAUUUGGAUCAAUAUGGUCAAACCAUUGUGCCUUUUUAUAUUUCUGGAAGUUCUAAUUUGACUACAAGUCUGUUAGAACAUCUUGAGAGUAUGCUAAAAUCUAAAAAUCACAAACUUAAGGAAGUAUCAGGUAAUCUUCUGGAUUAUUUGAUGGAAAAUAAAGAGUGUAAYAGUUUAUGCAUUAUUGCAUUUUCCGUGGAAGUGAAGACAGAUGAAACAGUAUUUACUGUUUUUUUCAACAAUGAAGCAUACCAUUCACCAUCCCUGUCCCUGGCAGURUUAGACAACAUUCUUUUCAUGUCACUCUCUGGUGCUAAUGCUUCCUUAACAGUCUUCAAUAAACCUCAGCCACGCCUUGACAAUAAAGUCAUUGAAGGGACUAUAAAUGGACAAGAGGUGUUUUUGGAUAUGCAGCUGGGCAUAGCUCUUUUAAUCAGUAGCUUUUCCCUCCUGACAGUGACUGAAAGAAUCAGUAAGGCCAAGCACAUCCAGUUUGUGAGUGGGGUCUCUGUCAUUGUGUACUGGUUUUCUGCUCUGGUGUAUGAUUUCAUCAUCUUCUUAUUUUCCUGUUUUUUAUUAUUGGUGAUGUUCAAAUACUGCAAAGUUGAUAUUUAUGUCAUGGAUUACCACUUACUGGAAACAAUGCUCAUACUCACACUGUAUGGCUGGUCUGCCAUUCCCCUCAUGUACCUGAUGAGCUUCCUGUUUUCUAGAAGUUCUUCUGCCUAUAUCAAACUUAUUCUGUUCAACUUUGUCUCGGGCACUUUUACUGUCUUCAUAGAUGGAAUAUUAAGAGACGGAACAUCAACUAACUUGUCUAAUGGCACCAGAAAAUUCAUACGUAAUUCAUUUCUGCUCUUUCCCAAUUAUAACCUUGGGAAAUGCAUCAGUGACUAUACUGUUAUCUACCAUAUGAAGAUACUGUGCACCCAAAAAAAGAAUAUUCACAAAUUCUUAAAUUGUAGUAAAGAAAAUACUGAGAAGAAUAUUUAUUCUUUGGAAGAGCAUACAAUUGGAAAGCAUUUGAUUAUAAUGAGUAUUGCAGGCUGUCUUUUUAUUCUCUUCAUUUUCCUUUGUGAUAAUACUUUGUGGAAAUUGAGAAAAUUUCUCAAUAAACAUGUUUACUUUGCUAUCUACAAGAAAUAUAAGAAGGAUAUAAUUUCCAAGGAAUUAUCUGGAGAAUCUCCAGAUAAAGAUGUAGAAGAUGAGAGAAAGAGAAUUCUGGAGCAUUCUAAAGAGUUGAUGAAUUCCCCGGUGCUUAUUAAGGAACUCACAAAGAUAUACUUUACAUAUCCAGUAAUUCUGGCUGUGAAAAAUAUUUCCCUGGAAGUCCAAAGGCAGGAGUGCUUUGGAUUACUUGGAUAUAAUGGAGCAGGUAAAACAAGUACAUUCCAAAUUUUGACUGGAGAGCAGAGUCCUACCUCUGGGGAUGUGUUUAUUGAUGGCUUUAGCAUCACCAAAAAUAUACUAAAGGUGAAGUCAAGAAUUGGCUAUUGUCCUCAAUUUGACGCUUUGCUGGAAUACAUGUCUGGCCGGGAAAUAAUGAUCAUGUAUGCCAGAAUAUGGGGAGUUUCUGAGCACCAGAUUCAUCUGUAUGUGAACAAACAUUUGAGCUCAUUGGAAUUGGAGCCACAUGCKGACAAUAUUAUCAGGACCUACAGUGGAGGAAACAAACGUAGGUUGAGCACUGCUAUUGCCAUAAUGGGAAAGUCCUCAGUCAUCUUUCUGGAUGAGCCAUCUACUGGUAUGGACCCAGUAGCCCGACGCCUGCUCUGGAACACAGUGACAAAGACACGUGAAAGUGGAAAAGCUAUCAUUAUAACCUCCCAUAGCAUGGAGGAAUGUGAUGCCCUUUGUACCAAGAUAGCCAUCAUGGUGAAGGGGAAACUUAUGUGCUUGGGCAGCCCUCAGCACCUCAAGAACAAGUUCGGUGAUAUUCAUAUCCUGAAAGUCAAGGUCAAGACUGAGGAUAAAUUAGAGGAUUUUAAAUAUUUCAUCAAAAUGACAUUUCCAGAUAGUAUCUUGAAGGAGGAGAAUCAAAGGAUCCUUAACUACCACCUUCCGAAAAAAGACAAUAGCUGGGGAAAGGUAUUUGGUGUUUUGGAGAAAGCUAAAGAGCGAUUCAAUUUAGAGGACUAUUCCAUCAGUCAGAUAACCCUGGAACAAGUCUUCCUGGCCUUUGCUAACCCCGUUAGUGGAUUAACAGCAGAUGAUGAUGAACAACAGGUUCCAUGA